GCAGCAGUCUGAACAUGGAGGAAUCCCGAGCAGAGGAGAACGGACAGGACGAGGCUGAGGGUCAGGAUGGAGAGGAGGAGGAGGAGGAGGAGAGGGCGGGGCCUCUCAGACCCUCCGUGCUGGACAUCCAGUUGGCCUUGGAACGUUUAUGUGAGGACGGAUAUGGAGAGCAGCCAUCAGAAUCCGACCAACAUAUUUCCUUGGAAACCAGCCAGGAGGAUUCACUGGAAAGCUUUUCUAGAGUUCAUUCUCCCGGUAAAAUAGUCAAUGAACUUUUUAAGGAAGCGAAGGAGCACGGAGCAACCUCAGUAGAAGAAGCCAGCAAAUUGUCAGAAGAACUUUUUAAACCAAGGUCUUUUUCCGGCGGUGGUUACAAACUGGGCGAUUCAUCAAUAAAGAAGUCUGAAUAUAUUCAAGAAGAUGAGCUCUUUUCUGGAGGGACAGAUGUGCAAAUAUUGCUGAAACUGUGGAGCAAUGGCUUUAGUUUAGACGACGGAGAGCUUCGAACCUACAGAGAUCCGGUCAAUGCUCAAUUUCUGGAAUCUGUUAAGAGAGGGGAAAUUCCUUUCGAACUGCAGCGAAUGGUACAUGGAGGUCAAGUCCGCUUAGACAUGGAAGACCAUCAAGACCAAGAAUAUCUUAAACCAAGGCAAAAAUUCAAGGCCUUUAGUGGUGAGGGCAAAAAACUUGGAAGCUUGACUCCUGAAAUAAUCAGCACACCUUCAUCCCCUGAAGAGGAACACAAGCCGUUUUUAAAUGCUGAGGUUGAACUGGAUGAACAUGUUCCAACAACGAAAAUUCAGAUUAGAUUAGUUGAUGGAAGUCGGCUCAUCCAAAGAUUCAACCUCAGUCACAGAAUUUCGGAUAUACGUAAUUUUAUUCUCCAGGCUCGCUCCGAGUUUGCACAGACUGAUUUUGUCUUGGUGACCACAUUUCCAAACGCAGAACUUACAGACGAAGACCGGACGCUAGAAGAAGCCGAAAUACUCAACACUGUGAUUCUUCAGAGAAUGAAGUAACCGGGCCUCAUGCUGGCCGUAGCCGAAGAAAUAUUUAAGUGCCAUUUUCUCCCUUAAACCACUAGGAUGUACAUAUUAUUGUGACUAUGCACUUAUCUCAUAGCCAUCAGUGUGGAGGCUGAGGUUUAGGUAUUUUACAAUGCUUUUUUUUCUUUCUAGGAGUUAAUGAUAUAGUUUUUACACACCGUCCAAUUUUACAUUACCAAGCCUGAUAUGUAGAUGGCAGGCGACUGAAUUUUAGUGUUGCAGGACAUAUAUGAACAUCCAGCAAUAAAUUGGAAUCAUGUAUAGACUGUUUAGUAUAGAGUGUUGAUCAUAGAGACCAUGACUGCAGGUGGGAGAUUCUUUACUUGCUUCCCAUUUUU